AUGAAGACCUUCACCUACGUUUCCCUGUUCUUUGCCGGCAUGGGCCUGGCCUCAGCUGUUGCGGCCCCGGCGGAGAAUCUUGUCGAAAGGGCAAUCCACGAAGGCAAAUGCAACAAGGAAAAUGAGGUUUGCAACUACAAAGUCAAUGGCGAUAGCCGUCAGUGCAACUGCGGCGCUCCCACCGGCGGCCUUUGCACCAAGACCGGCAACGUCUGCCACUGGAACACCAAUGCGAACCCCGACAGGUGCAACUGCACUUAA